AUGGCCGCGUUCGACCAGGUGCCGGACUUCAUGGUGAGAGACGAUUUUCUAAGCCAUCAGCUGAAGGCGGAUCUGCUAGCGGAGUUGGGCCAGGAGAGGAUCGCAGCAUUUCAGGGUGGUGCACUGCGAGGCACGGUUAAUUCUGGAACAGGCUUCGCGACCUCGGUGAUGUUGCCAAGACCGGUUGCAGAAGAGAUUCGUGCACUAACAAGCGGGAGCGCCUCUCCAGCCACUCCCGGCAGUGCCGGCUAUGACGGGCACGUGUCUGUCCCAGCCAUGAUGAGCAUAGGCGAUGUGGAGAACCAUCGCGACUCCUGGGGUGGCCGUCGCAAUUCCGACGUUCACGGCCAUACUGUUCUGGUGUGGCUACAAGGGGCAGGCUCCCAGCUCAUCCUUCGGAGCAACAGUCAGUGCCACGUCGUGGAAGCUUUGCCGGGAAGACUGGUGGCCUUCUCCAAUCGUGUGUACUCACAUUCAGUGCGGCAAGGAAUCCCCGGGACCGCGCGGGUAAUGAUCGGACCCAUGGCUUGGCACAGCUCCGGCAGUUUCCAGCCUGUGAUGGCGACCGAGUUUGAACAGCCACAGAACUGUCUAGAGUGGACGCUUUGCUGCUGCAUGAUUUGCGGAGUUUGCUGCGUGGCAUCUGCGGGCCAGUGCUGCUUACUUCCUCUACUUCUUCUUCGGGCAGUUCUUGGAGCUGUUCGUGGCGCACUUGCAGGGGCUGUCCUGGCGCCCGCUUACUCUUUGGCGUAUGCUGUGACCGCGCUGGUGUGGACGCCACGGGUCUUGUGCCGGAGUUGCAAGGCGCUUCGCACUGAAUUCUGUUGUAUGGCGCUCUUGUCGCUGCUGCUUCUUCCCCUGCGCGUCCCUGUGAUGCUGGCUGUGUCACUUCCAGCCAUCUUCUUGGUCACGAUCAGUUGGGUAGCGAUGUCUGCAGCGUUGUACCCGGACUACAGCUGUUGGCAUCUAGCACUGGGAGGUGUCUAUGCAGCAGGUGAUGAGGAAGAGUCCGGUGUAGUAGGGCUUCUGCAGAACAUGCUCCGAGACAAUUGGAGAUAUCACCGCGAUUUCGAUUUUUGCCGGUGGGAGGACCGGCCUCGACCAACACCUGUGGUGAUCGGAGCAAGCGGAGAAGAACAGGAACACAGCAUUGAUCCUGCAACCUCCGUGUCCUCACUGACGUGGAGGCAUCUCGUAGGCGAGUUCAGCAUGAAGGAUGUUUGGGACGCUUGCUUGAAGCGCGCAGUCACCCUUGGCGUGGAACUUCAUGCAGCAGGACGCAUCUCCACGGAUGAUCUGGAAGGGAUGGAGCCAUUCCUUUUCCUGGGACUUCCGGCAGUGGCUGUUGUUCAGUUGGCGCGGCGAUCAGCAGACAAGAGUGGUCUCGUUUUCGACGAAGACAGGAUGAUAGUCACAUCUUCCAAUCGGCCACACAAUGCAUUUGCAGACGGUAUUUGGCAUUCUGCCAUGCGUGCCAAGCGAGCCUUGAUAGAAUCACUGAAUCACCGGUCUUUGAGCGAAGUGGACGUGGAGUUCUUGGAGCUCGCAGCUCUCAAUCGUCCUUCCACCGACCUUUCACAGCUGGAUCUGGACACGGUGCGGAAACAGCAACUGAACGCUGUGGUGACCUCUGCAGUUGAGCUGGCCAUUUUUGCAUCACGCUCAGCUCAGUUCAAAGCUGAGAGAGACCAAUUGGAGAAGUCCCAAGAUGAAGUGCCGGAAGACCCGAAGGUCGUCUUUGGGCCGGGUGCGGCAGCUCUCGCCUUCUACCGAGGCGCAACCCUUGGGACACCGGGCUUCGUACUCAUUGGCCACCAGAGGCCCUCGGAGAUCAAGUGGGGCGUCAUCGAUCCGGUCUCUGGAAGGAACAUCACGCAGUUCCGUGGUGAUCAACCGCAGCGAAUUGCAGCUUUGGCUGCCAAGCACCUACGUGACUCGGCCGGUGGAAGUGAGUAG